AUGGAGGCGGAAGGGGAUUCCGGCAAGUCCCAACUUCUCGCUGGCCCUGGGUACCCCGAUUCUCGUGGCACCAAGAAUCCCAGAAGGGACCAAUCUCUGCUCAGAGAACUCAGGAAGGAGGAGAAGCAACUCAAGGAGGAGGAAGGAGGAGAAGGAACUCACAGAAUUCUGGGCGUGGAGCACAAGACUGAAGAAACUGCAGCAGCCUUGGAUGAGCGUGAUCCUGCUAAUGGCAGGGAGCUCAAGCCGGAAACGGCAGCAGCCUUGAAUGGGCAUGAGGCUGAUGCUGGUGCUGCUAAUGGCGGGGAGCACAAGAUGGAAACUGACGCCUUGGAUGAGCAUGGUGAUGCAGCUAAUGGCAGGGAGCGGAUGGUGGAAAAUGUCGACGGCGGUGGUGAACUGGUGCCGAGGAUCGACUCGAAAUCGACAUCGGGGGCAGAGGCAGAGGCAGAGGCGGCAACAGGUCCAGAUACCAAUGUGUCGACGAUUGAAUCAAAUCUCUCAGCAUCAGACAAGUCAACACCCAAACCUGCAGAUCAUGUUCCCAUCAACAGAGGCGAUGAUGUUGUUGAGAAGAUGGACACAGGCAAAUCAGCCCAACAAUUAGCCAGUGAGGCUGAGAAGAUGGCCACCCAACAGAAGGAAUUUGCUCAGUACGCUGAUGCCUGGGAUGCUAAAUGGGGAUCCAAUGGGUUCGGUCUCUUCCAUUACAUGACGACGGUCAGUUCCAUGCAAUAUGCACACUUGAUACCCGGGAGCGCCCCAAGGCACAAUUGUCGAGCCGCGCCUAGCCUCCAGGUCGUCUCCAUCAGACUGGCAGAAAUUCAAGGUGGACUGGAAUGGCCGUUGCCAGUGUACGGUAUGAUUGCUGUCAGAGACCACGUGGAUCACAAUCGCAACCUUCUGUUUGCCUGCUAUAGGAGCAGGUGUCAGAUACUCAAGGAAAAGUCUGAAGAUAGAGCAUUGAUCACUGGUGUGUGCACUUACAACAGAGGGGACACUACUGUUUGCUUUACGAACUGCUUCUGCACCGCAGAGUUUAGAUUGGAGGUACUUCAGGAAACAGUCCAGGCCACUGUUUUGGGCGUCCGUGUCAAAGAUGAGUCAUGGCCUUCUGGAUGGGGAGGUCGAGUCGCUUGCUCAGUCAUUGGUGGUGAAAUUGACGUCACAUCCGGGCAACUUGAGCUGCUUGUUUCUCGUGGCAGUGCCAUGCCCGUGACUUCUGAGGGUUACCUUCUUCUGUCAAGGAAUGUCGUUUCUGUAGAUGUUAACAAGAGCCUGAAUGUUCUCCUAGAGGCCUGCUUACCAUCUGGUCAUAUCAUUGCACAAAAAGAAUUGUCCUUCGAACCCAAACUUUGCAACAUAAGUCAGGAUAGUUGUGAACUUAAUGGUAUUGAGUUGGAGAUCACUGUUGCUUGGUCUAGUCUUGUUUGUGAGAAGCAGGAUAUUUGGGUACAAGGAUGUGUUGGUGACGAGGAGCAGGACUGGGACGUUGCAUCAAUGGAGCAGCAGGUGCCGGAGAUAGACUCGAAAUUGACAUCGGAGGUGGGGCCAGAGGGGGAAACAGAGUCGGCGAUGAGUCUGGAUACCAGUGAAUUGGCGAAUGAAUCGAGUACCUCCAUGUUCGUAUCAGACAAGUCAAUACUCGAACCUGCAGAUUAUGUUGCCGCCAACACAGGUUACGAUGUUGAGAAGAUGUAUAGAGGCAAAUCAGACGAACAAUUAAAAAUUGAGGCCAAGGAGAUGGCUGCCGAACAGAAGAGUUUUGACAUGUAUGUUGAUGCCUGGGAAGGGUCAUGGGGUUAUGAUGGGUUCGGUUGCUUCCGAGACAUGACGACAGUGAGUUCCAUGCAAUACACACACUUGGUACCAGGGAGCACCCCGUUGCACUAUGGUCGAGUAUUGCACUAUGGUCGAGUAUUGCCUAGCCUGCAGAUCUUCUCCGUUAAACUCGCAGAAAUACGAGGUGGUCUGGAAUGGCCGUUGCCAGUGUACGGCACGGUCGCUGCCCGAGACCAUGUGGAUCACAAUCGCAACCUUCUGUUUGCCCGCAACAGGAGUGAGUGCCAGAUACUCAAUGAAGAGGAUUCCUUUUUGACCUUGACUGGCCCCUCUCAUGCAAUUGUCAGCAAGGAAUCUGUUGUCUUUGAAAUCCAACUAAAAGUAAGAGGUAGAACAAAGUCUCAAGAUAAGCCACUGAUCAAUGGCGUGUACACUUACCACAGCAGAGAAAGCCCCAUUUGCUUUAGGAACUGCUUUUGCACCGUAGAGUUAAGUUUGGAGAGAAUUAAGAAAUCAGUGCAGGCCACUAUUUUGGGCGUCCGUGUCAAAGAGGAGGGGUCAUGGCCAGCAUUCGGAGGUCGAGUUGCUUGCUCAGUCAUUGGACCUGACGCCAGCCCUCAGGAAAUUGAGCUGCUAGAUUCUCGUUAUACAACCGUGCCGAUUACUUCUCAGGGUUACCUUGUUCUAUCAAGGAAUGUUGUCUCUGUAGACUACUGCGGAAGCCUGAAUUUUCUCUUGGAAGCCUACUCAGAUUCUGGUAAUAAAGUUGCACAAAAAAAUGAGUCCUUCGAGCCCAAGUUUUCCAACAUAAGCCAGCAAACAAGUAAACUCACUGGAGGCAUUGAGUUGGAGAUCACUGUUGCAUGGUCCAGUCUCAUUUCUGAGAAGUGGGACAUCUCGUCUCGGUACUAGGAGACAACACCAGUCUUUUUUUCUGAGAAGAUGUUAUGGCGAGGAGACAACACCAGCCGUGCUUGG